UUAAGGUACGAGCAAAUCAACUUGAUGAUCUUUGCAACUGUUGUCACGUCGCACUGUAUAAUGCAGUGCGUGCUGAACACUUAUUGCGCAAGUUCGAUGUUUAAGGUUAUAGUCCAGUGUUGUUGUCCCGGUUCAGACACAAAUUCAGAAGAUGACCAGACUUCUUUGAUUCGAACGGGUAGUACUCCUUCAACAAGACAGGCGCCAGGGGCCCUCUCUCAUUCAGGUGAGACGAAUUCUGCGGCGAACAACUCCGCAGGUGAGGAUGAGCAAGCCAUUUUGCGCAGGAUUUUGCAGAAAACGGCGAACGAUGUGAUUGACGUAGCUGCCCUGGAGUCUCAGACCCUGGAACCCCGAGAAUACAUGGAACGGGCCCGCAAGUACAACGUUCUGUUGUCGCAGAUCACAGUACCUUCAUCCUUCCGACCAAACAAUGCGUCGUUGCUGAUGGACAGUGGUCAGCAGGUCGAAAAGCUGCUUUUGGCACCCGUAGUUGAGCCAGGCGAUGUGGCGUACAUUCGACAACUGUCGCAGGAUGUGGAAUGCGCGUUUAACGCUAUCCAGGUGAAACAUAUCGAGGAUUUGGUGGUGCAGUUUAACUGA